AUGGCUUCAAGUCUGAACCACCAUGAUCAAUCAACGAGCCAACAUGGACAACCAUCUCCUCACCAAAAAGACGAAACGAACUUUUCACAUGAAGCUUCCGAUACUUAUUCCAUUCACAGUACAAGUAGCUCCAUUCCCUCGCACCAACCACCCUCGAAUCUAGCUCCAAUCGCCUCGCACAUCUCCAAUACUCAAGAUGCGCCAAUUCAACAGACGUAUUCAAAUGUCUCCAUCCCCGAUGCCAUCUACGACCGUAUUCCCCCCAAUCGCAAACUCGUUAUCGUGGCUCUGCUUUCCUUUUGCAGUUUCUUGGCUCCAAUUAGUAGUACCACGGUAUUGGCGGCGGUGCCAGAAGUGGCGAAUACGUAUAAUAGUACUGGUACCAUCAUCAAUUUGAGCAAUGCAUUGUAUAUGUUGUUCAUGGGAUUGAGUCCAUUGGUGUGGGGACCAUUGAGCCAAGUUUACGGGAGGAGAUUGAUUUCCCUCACAACAUCCUCCCUCUUUGCAGCCUGCUCCAUUGGCACGGCGCUCGCUCCUAACCUUCCUGCAUUCUUUAUCUUUCGUAUCCUGACGGCCUUUCAAGGAACUUCAUUUCUCACUAUUGGGGCAGCUUGUAUCGGGGAUAUUUAUCGUCCAACGGAACGUGGAACUGCAAUGGGUUGGUUUCUUUCUGGUACACUUAUCGGACCCGCACUCGGGCCCUUUAUUGGUGGUAUAAUCGUCACGUUCCAAUCUUGGCGUGUGAUUUUCUGGCUGCAAACUGCAUUGGCUGCAUGCGCGGUGAUUGGAGCUUAUUUCUUGUUACCCGAAACUAUUCAUCGAAUGAAGAAAGAUGAAUUGGUUGGCAUGAGUUGGAAGAAGAAAGCAGGGGUACUAUGGGGAAUGUUGAAUCCUUGGAGAGUCAUCAAACUUUAUAAGUAUCCGAAUUUGAUUAUGGUGGCUUUGGCGAGUAGUAGUUUGGUGUGGAAUAUGUAUUCGCUUUUGACUCCUAUUCGAUAUGUUCUUAAUCCCCGCUUCCAUCUCACUACCCCUAUCCAGUCUGGUCUUUUCUAUCUCGCUCCAGGCUUCGGCUACAUUUUCGGAACCUUCUUUGGCGGCCGCUAUUCUGAUUACAUAACCAAUAAAUACAUUCGUAUUCGCGGGUCCCGCGUCCCAGAAGAUCGACUUCGCUCCGCUCUCCCCUUUAUGGGUAUCGUCAUCCCGGCUUGCAUGCUGCUCUAUGGCUGGUCUGUGGACAAAGAUUUUGGCGGUAUUCCGCUUCCCGUUAUCAUGAUGUUCUUGCAAGGAGUCGCGCAACUUUUCUGUUUUCCAAGUCUCAAUACGUAUUGUUUGGAUGUGAUGCAGAGGAGUGGUGCGGAGGUUAUUGCGGGAAAUUAUAUGAUUAGGUAUUUGUUUGCGGCGACGGGAAGUGCGACGGUACUACCUACAGUGGAGAAAAUUGGGGUAGGUUGGUUUUCGACGAUUAGUGCGGGCUUUUUGGUGGUUAGUAGUGCGGCGACUUGGACGGCUGUUAGGUGGGGGAAGGGAUGGCGGGAUACGAUUGAUGGAAAAGGAUCUGUGGGGGGAGAGGUAGAAAUGCAAUUGGGUGAUGAUAAAGGAAAGAGAAUAGAAAAGGGAAAAGUAGCGGGAGGAAGAGAGGAUGAUCUGGUUUGA